AAUGUGUUUUUGUUUUACCGAGAUUGAGCGGUCGUGUUCGUGUCGAUUCGGCUUCUGUUCGGGUUUACUCGUGUUUGUUUAUAUUCGUCUCGCCUGUUUCUGCGCGCGAUCUGACGUUUUAUUUUCUCAACAAAGGAUAAUAACAUUGUUGAAAAAUAAAUACAGUAAACAUAUUUACAACUGGAUGGAUUUAAGAGAUCUGCUUCGUGUUAAAUCAGAAUAACAAGCGCUUAUUAUAAAAGAGGAAGUCUCGCUAUUCGACACUCGAGGGACUCUGUCCGUGGGGCUCUGCUGGCCUCAUGAUGAUGGGGAAGUACUUCUUCAGCGAGACGGACAUCAAGAGCCCUUGGGAUCAGGUGUUGGCAGCCUUCUGGCUGAGAUACCCAAACCCAUACAGCACUCAUGUUCUGACGGAGGACGUAGUUUUCCGUGAGGUGACGCCGGAUAACCAGCUCCUGUCCCGGCGGCUCCUGACGAAGACCAAUCGUCUCCCUCGCUGGGCGGAGCGUGUCUUCCCCGGAAAUCUGUCGCGUUCGGUUUACAUCAUCGAGGAUUCGGUGGUCGACCUCCGAAACAGAAGCCUCACGACGCUGACCUGGAACGUAAAUCACGCUAAACUCAUGCGUGUGGUGGAGCGCUGUGUGUUUGUGGGCGAACAGGACCGGCCUGUUUGGACACGGAUCACCAGAGAAGCCUGGAUCUCAUCCGGAGUCUUUGGCCUCUCCAGACCCAUUCAGGAGUUCGGUUGGGCCAGGUUCAGGAGUAAUCAGGUGAAAGCCAUGAAGGGUUUGGAGCAUGCACUGUCCAAUCUGCAGAAAGCAUCGGCCGUGUGUCCUGGAGAUUCGGCCGAGAAACACAAAAACAUCGAUUCAGCCUCCAAAACCCAGAAACCUCAGCAAUACAUAUGACCAGUAUGAACAAAUAGUGAAUGUCAUGAUCAUAUCAGGUCACCCCAAAAAAUCUGAACAAAAUCAAAUGCAUUUACGAAUAUUACAAAUUUAUUUGAUCAAAACACUAUUUUUAUGACCAUUAUAUUUCCCCCAGUUCUCAUCACUGCUAUGCCAGAAGAUUAUUUUAACUGUGAAGUAUUUAUUUAUAUAUCAUUGUAGCAUUUGUUGUACUGCCUUUAAGCUGAUUUCAAUUUAAAAACAAAGUUACUGUAUUGCAAAACGGUUUAACUAUAAUACAGAAAGAAAUUAUUAAAUAA